AAUGGGUCUGGUCCCGGCGGGUACAUCAAAGCUCGAUGAUCUUGUCACGUCUGCGACGUUGAAGACAUACGAAUUUUUGGUGAAAGACUUGAAGCUUGGUGAUGAUCUCGUUACUUCUGUGAGAAGUCCGCAGCUACUGGAACUGAGCAAGUUUGUUAAGAACAAUAACCGCCCAGCGAGCCACAUAUCUUCGGUUGCCCCACUUUCAGAAAAAUACGGACACGAUGCCGUGGCAAGAGCACUCGUGAAACUAGAGCGAGAUGCGGACACACACCCAGAGCUGAAAAUCAUGGUGAAACAAUUGAGGAAUGAACAGCUCAACGACUGGCGGAAGAAUGGCGAAUCAGUUGGCGGCGUUUUCAAACUACUGAAGCUGAAAGACGACGGCUACGAAGCCCUUCAUCGACACAAGUUCCAGGCUUUGGAAGACUACAUUCCUGUGUUCAACCAAGGGAAAUCUACAGAGACAACUUUGCUACAGGUUCUGACGCAGGCCUUUGGGGACGAGAGCAAUUUGGUCCGGCUUAUAGAGACAGGAAGGGCAAGACGACGUUCGAGGAUGAAGGCCAUCGAUUUGGAGACCGCUUUGCUUGGAAAGUGGCGAAGCGAGGAUUUGCCGGUGCGGGGCGUCUGGGAUCGGCUAAAGUUCAGCAACAGUGUGCACGAUGCUCUGCGUAGCGAGAAACUGAAAUUGCUCUUCAAAUACAUCUCCCAGUAUUACCCGAAUGGUGAGACGGUAGUGCUUGAGAUGUUCACAACAAAAUACGGAGAAGACGCAGUAGCGAAGGCUCUCGUACUUGCCAAGAGAGACGCGGCCACAAAGGAUAUCGCGACAAAGAUGCAGCGCCAGCAGUUAGAAGGUUGGCUGGCUAAUCGAAAGACUGGUGAUGACGUCUUCAAGCUGCUAAAUAUCAAAGAUGGCAUCGAUCACCCGAAAAUGGAGAUUCUGGCUGAGUUCACCAAAUUAUUCAACGUCAACAAGAACCCCCAAGAUAAAGCAGAAAUGUUCACUGUGCUAAGAAAAGGUUUUGGAGACGACGGUAAAUUUGCGUUGAUGCUCACUAAAGCACAAAAAUCGCGUGAUACACUGGUAGCUGAUAUCGCCAAGCUAUACCGAAAAGAACUGUUUAAGCAAUGGUUUCAAUACGGAAUCGACCCGAAGACUUUACACGCGAAGUUUCGCGACGCAAACGAGCGCGAGGAAGUUGUAACGCGAUACGCGGCAUACUACGACAAGAUGACGAAUCCCCAAGUUUACACCUUCAAUGACCCGCGGCGUUCCUAGAUCACUGUGUCGGAAUUGAGCAGUAAGUCCACUCGAAUGUGGCCAGAUACGAAAUCAAAAGCAAGCUUUUGUUGUUGGAUGGGUAAACGAAUGCCUGGAGAUAAAUUCUGAAUAAACUGUGAGUAGGUUACUAGAAGUGCAAAAGCGC